AACUGCUGCCUACCCCGUCCGGUCUUCAAUCCUGCUCUGUGUGCGCAUGUGUGCGCAUGCGUGCGCUCCUAUGUGAAAGGAGCGUGGUGUGUGAUGUUACUUCUGUGUGUACAUACCUAAAUUAAAUGAUGGUGGCAUGUGCUGUGACGCUGCUGUUUUGGGGGCACGCCCCUUCGUCAGAUGGACUAAGGAGCAUGCCUCCAAAACAUUACUUUAAUAAAUACUCAGGGGUUUCCUUGUUUGCAUUGUGUCCUGUGUUCCGGUAAUUUUGUUUUUCUAGUAUAUUGGUGGGUGCCGUUCCCUCUUACUGUGCACUGGACCAUCGCUGAAUAAGAGGCCAGGGUGUGCUGGUGAGUUAUUUAUGAGACCGCUGUAUUUCCGUAACUGCAAAAUGGUUUAAUGUGACCAUCAUCUUGUGGAAAUAAAGAGACUUAAAAAAUUCUGUACGGUUUCUCAAAACAGUCAUGUUACUCUUCAGUCACGUGUAGAAGUUGAUUUAGAUUGUGAGUGACAGUCACAUAUUAAUGUGUACUCCCUUUACCUAGACAACAUAUUAGUAUCACCAUAAUAACUCACACACAAAACUGCAUGUAGACAGAUAGUGAUUAGUAAAUUUAAGUUUUAACCAAUUGAAUUUGCUCAGCUACUUAUUUCCAUGAAAUUAAACGUAUAUUGAUCAUUACAUGAUAACAGCCAGCUGUGUUAAUGGAAAAAUACACCGUAUAAUAGGCGAGCAAACAAAAACAAGUCAUGCGUUAGGUUUCAUUCUCCUAAAGACAGGGAUUAUUACCAUUACAACAGAAAGUGAUUGGGGUUAAAUUCUGUGCUGGGGGGCAUUAGGGUUGUCACUACUUCUAGAAAAAAAAAAUAUCUGCCUUCCUAUACCUUUAUCUUUCUUCUCUAUUAAUAACAUUUGCCUGAAGCAUCAUUUUUUCACGCGCUUGUUAAACACCAGCAAGGUGACAAGACAACCAUAUCAGGGGCCAAUGGGCUGAGUAUAUACUGAGUAUAUAAUGGGUAUAAUACUGCGACAGUGCGACUACAGGGUACAUUACAUGAAUUCAUUAUCAUGAUCAUUAAGCUGCAUCUCUGGAACUAGGAUGGAAAUGGAUUUAAACUGCAUUUCCACUGUUUCAUAUCUUAUGAGUAAAAGUAGUCGUUUGCAGACAUUGUCGCGCCCGUAGACGGUGCUCAUUUCCGGCAUCUUUUUAAAACACGCGAUUCGCUAUAUUAUUUUACAGCAAUCUAUACACUCGGUUAUUUCCACUUAAGACAUGCGUAAUGACACAACUGUUAAAGACAAUCCCUAUUGAAGGAUUUUGUGACAGGGCAGGAAACAUUGCCUGUCCUCUGAACACGAACAGCGGCGCAGCCAUUUACGUGCAGCGCCAAAACCCUGAACGACUUCCGGUCUCCGUCCUCGAUGGCCACGCACGCACUUGUGCAAUUCUUGAGCAACGCAUCGAUGGCGUUCGGGUCACGCCUCCUCGAGUCCGGAAGGCCAACUGCACACGGCUAAUGGAUUCAGUGUCCAAGACAGCUACUUUACAAGAAACUGGGGAUAGAGGAUACACAGGGAGAGGAGGAGCCUAAAGAUUUAAUUAUUGUUUGUCCUGCCUUCAGAGAGGAGAACUUAACCCCAUAUGUCCUGCACUGACAGUACGGGCCUAUGCAAAAAAGAUUUAUCA